ACGAAGAUUGGGUCUAGAAUUGCGCAACAACAUGGCUGCCUAGUGUAUAACAUUGUGUUGCUGAGGUGUGUGUUGACAGUUGAGAGAGAUGCAGGUGAUCUAGUCCUGCAGCCCUGCGCUAAGAUGGAAGUGUGGCGUCUUGCGCGGGUUUUGUCCCGGAGAUUGUCGCUUCAGAGUUCGGCGUGUGGAGCAGCUUUAACCAGCAGAUCCCGGGUUCAGUGCAGAGGUGCGACUGGGCUACAGGGCAACACUUCUCGCUCUUACUUCUCAGCAACAGACAGCACUGCGCUAGUGUACAGGAGACAUGGAGAGCCAUCACAAGUUGUUCAGUUGGAGACUCUCAGGCUUCCUGCCCUGGAAGCUAAAAGUGCCCUUGUGAAGAUGCUUGCAGCUCCCGUCAACCCCUCGGAUAUAAACAUGAUCCAAGGAACCUACCCGAUACCUCUUGAUCUUCCAGCUGUAGGUGGCAAUGAGGGAGUGGGUCAGGUCUUAGAAGUGGGCAGCCAGGUCCAAACGGUCAAAGUGGGUGACUGGGUCAUUCUUAGAGAUACUGGUCUAGGCACAUGGCGGACUGCUGCUGUUUUCAAUGAGGAUGAUUUGGUGACAGUGCCCAGUGAUAUCUCCCUCCUUUCAGCAGCCACUCUAGGAGUCAACCCUUGCACUGCAUUCCGAAUGCUGUCUGAUUUUGAGAGUCUAAGCCCUGGAGACACUGUCAUCCAGAAUGCAGCUAACAGUGGAGUUGGACAGGCUGUGAUCCAGAUAGCUGCAGCAAAGGGUAUCCAUACAAUCAAUAUUGUCAGAGACAGGCCAGACCUGCAACAGCUGACUGACAGACUAAAAGCGAUGGGAGCCACAUAUGUGAUUAAAGAGGAGUCAUUAAGAAAGCCGGAAAUUAAGGACAUCUUUAAGGUUUAUCCUCAACCUAAACUGGCCUUUAAUGGUGUGGGAGGAAAAAGUGCCACGGAGCUUCUUCGGCAUUUACAGACUGGGGGCACCAUGGUGACAUAUGGAGGAAUGGCCAAGCAGCCAGUUACUGUGCCUGUGAGUGCUCUCAUCUUUAAGGACGUAAAAAUACGAGGAUUUUGGGUCACUCAGUGGAAAAGAGACAAUAAGCAUGAUGGUGAUGCGUUGUCCGUCAUGUUGGAAGAGCUGUGUACCCUGAUCCGUGCUGGAAAGCUGUCAGCCCCAUUCUGCACUGAAGUGGGCAUGAAGGACUUCCACAAAGCUCUGGACAAUGCCAUGAAGCCAUACAUCUCCUCUAAACAAAUUCUGGUCAUGUGAUCCCACACAAAUUCAGGUGUUAACAAUAGUAAUUAACAAGUAAUUAUUGCACUAAGACCAUGUGCACAAAUUAUGCUUUUAACGUUAAAAUCCAAUAAGCACUAUCCACUUGUGUAAUCCUCAUGAAAUAUUUCACAUUAGUUGAAGCCUCAAAUACUUUGUAUUAUUUAAUUUUUUUGGGGAGGAUGAAUCAUUUUUCUAAUACAUUGCAUUGAUAAAUGGAGGUGUGCAGUUGGGAUACAGCCCAUUAAAAAGGUUUUCAAAUAA